AUGCUGCUCACGGAAAUAAUGACGAGGCGUUCGGUCCUGUCUGGUAGGGAGCCGUCCAUUUUUUUUAUCUGGGCAUUAUCAUACUUUAGCUUUGCGAAGACUGCCUUAUUUUCGUGUUUUCUGUGAGUUGUCUGUUUGAACUUUCGAGCAGAAUCAACAAAUUGUUCCACACUUUCUAACUGAUUGUUUAAAAUUGUUUUACCUUUCACACACUGUCGCAGUACGUAUAAUAGGCGGUUUGGUCUCGCCGAUAUGCAUGGAGGAAGGGACGUGAUCGUUCCAUUUUCCCGACAGUCGCUUGCACAGAGACAAGCCCGCUGGCCCAGGUAGUGUGUCGUCUGAGCUAAGGUGCUCGAUGACCAGCUGAACGCCGAUUCAACUCUCGGGCCAUCCAGUCUCCGGUGUGGUGGGAUGACGAGGGCGGACAAAUCAGAAACCGUUAUAUAUUAUACAGUAGGUGGACCAACUCAUGAAAUGUCAACCGAAAUUCCGAAAGGCGUUUUCGUUUCGAAAAGCUUAAUUAAGUAAGGUUGUAAAACUAGUCAGCCUACAACACAGUUCUAUAAGAAUUCAUCUUCCUCAGGAUGCCGGCUUUCGAAUGAACUUCCUCCCGACUGCAUGCAAGAACUAUACUCUGUAAAAAAUGACUGUUUAAGUGACAUGAAGUUUUCUCAUUGUCUGACGAUGCCCCUAAAAGUCCAAUUAUAUUUCAUGGAAAACAUGCAUAAAAAUAUUCAUUCUCUCGCUCAUUUGGUAGACAAUUACAUCUUAUUCCACUCUUAAACUCGAAGGAAGGGUAUAAUUCGGUUUUCAAAAACUUUUCCAAUUCCCGAAUAAUUUUGAACCCGCUCAACCGUCACACUUGGAUUCAGGGUUUCCAAACUACAAGCCGUAUAUUUUCCGCAUACGGAAAACUACACAUUUCUCUACGGUAAUAAAUGGGGACCAUAUAGGGCUCAUAAAAGUUAACAGUGGAUUUGAUCCAUAUUGUUAACUUUACGAGCCACAUUGGUAAAUGCAGAGGCAUGACGAUUUAUGAACGGCCAUUUCACGGUAUUUAAACGUCCCACAAUUAGAAACUUUUAAAAACCUGAUUAUACCCUUCCUUCGAGUUUAAGAGUGGAAUAAGAUGUAAUUGUCUACCAAAUGAGCGAGAGAAUGAAUAUUUUUAUGCAUUUUUUCCAUGACAUAUUACUGAUUUUUAAGGACAUCGAAAAUCAAUGAGAAAAAUUCAUGCUACUUAAGCAGUCAUUUUUACAGAAUGUAGUUUUAGCAUGCAGCCGGAAGGAAGUUCAUUCGAAAGCCGGCAUCCUGCGGUAGAUGAAUUAUUAUAGAAUUAUGUUGCAGGCUGACUAGUUUUACAGCCCUACUUAAUUAAUCUCUUCGAAACGAAAACGCAUUUCGGAAUUUCGGUUGACAUUUCACGAGUUGGCCCGCCUACUGUGGAUGCUGUCAUGUAUUGCUCUCUUUUCCUUGUUGGUGUUCCUUGGAAAUCGUUGUUUGCUUCCCACUGUGCGUCCGCCUGUAAGGGUCGUAAAUGUUAGUCCCCAAGCGAAACGGGACGAAAGCGUGUGGCGGCCGCGCCAGCUCCACUGGCUGAUGCGUUGGCUGUUGUGGCUUAUCACCCUCACGCACACACGCGCCUCAGACUCAGAGCCAAUCACAUGAUCACCACCCGGCCAAUCACUUGCUCAUGCCGGUGAGUACAUGUCAGACCCGCGUGGACAACACCCCAGUCCGCUACUCUCGCGCCUCCGAACGAAUGUCUUAUGCUGAUCCACAGACGAACUGCCAACUCACGGUGGCCUACCUCCUGAGCAGAAUAAGUCGGUUCUCGCUGUUCUCUGACCUCUGCCAUUCGACGAGACGAACUUGUGGUCUAUGUUGUUCUUAUAUCCUUUGACCACCACAAGUGUUCCCUCCUGCAAUCAAAUAGGUGAAGCACCACGUGCACGCUUCUUAAUUCCCUCCCGAGUGCCAAGUCUGCCCUCGCGUAGCAGUCUGCUGACAAAUAUGUGUUCUUAACCCCCCCAAUGCACAAUCCAUUUUCCCAACAGUGGCGCCCCUUGUUCGUCGCCGGUGCUUUGUUCUGUGCGAAUAGCUGGGAGGAUGCGAGCCGCAGUUAUUUAUUCAAUGAAAAACAUUCAAUCCCCGUAACAGUUCUUACUUCGUUUUGACUUUCCGGGCCCGCCCUGGGGUCCGCAAACAGCAACAGUAACAACAUGCAGCCGUCGUGGCUUCCAAUAAUUUCUCGACCACGUACAACCUUAACUGGUCAAACCGUAUAACAGUAAACUCGCAGUGAGCGGUAAAAAGGGGGGCAGAUUGAUACGCCGGUUUGGGAGGUUUCUUUUCAGUCAACCAUCACCCUGAUUUUUUUUACUGAUCCACGCCAUUUUAUGCCUGUCCGCGAAGUUGACUUAGUGUACAGUAAGUGACCUAACUCAUGAAAUGUUGGCUGAAAUUCUGAAAUGCAUUUUCGAUUAGGAAGGAUUACUUGGUCGCGGUUGUAAUACUGACUAUCUUGCGGCAUACUUUUGUAACAUUUCGGACUGGACAGGAUGUCGGCUUUUAAAUGCACUUAUUUUCAAUCUCCUGUAGAAAGUGUACUCGGCAAAAAAUGACUACUUAAGUAGCAUGCAUUUUUCCCAUUGAUUUUCGAUGGUCUUGAAAAUUCAAAUACAUUUUAUAGAACCCAUAAAUAAAAAUAUGCUUUCUUUUAGUCAAUCAAUAGAGAAUCAGCUCUUCUUUAUAUUUUAUACUUAAGGAAGGAGUAUAAUUAGGUUUUAAAAAAGUUUCUAAUUAUGAGACCUUUUAAGACCGCGAAAUGUCAAUUCACAUAGCAUCGUACCUGGGCGUUUACGACUGCUUCUCAUGAAAUUAACAACAUGAUAGGCAUCCAUUGCAAAAUUUUAUGGACUCUGUAUGCAAUCUCUUUAAUGGCAUAGAAAAAUAUGUGAUUUUCUUUACGCGGAACGCAUCCACCUUGCAGACUGAAAUUAAGCGCUAAUUCAACGAAUGAUCAGGCUCCAAAUUAUUCGGAAAUUGGAAAACUUUUUUGAAACCUAAUUAUACUCCUUCCUUAAGCAUAAAAUAUAAAGAAGAGGUGAUUCUCUAUUGAUUGACUAAAAGAAAGCAUAUUUUUAUUUAUGGGUUCUAUAAAAUAUAUUUGAAUUUUCAAGACCAUCGAAAAUCAAUGGGAAAAAUGCAUGCUACGCGUUGACACAAAUUGACAGUGCGGGUGUGUGUGGGGGGGGGGUUGAGGUGGGUGACCUGCAGUUCCAAGCCCCUACGCCUGCACCCUGAACGCGGACUGCGAAUUCGACCUCAUGGGCAUGAUGGCAUUAACCGACCCUAUGACGGAACGAAAAUUACCCGAAGCCCUGACUUUUCAUAGGACCUCCAUAUAGAUAUGUCCGCUGUCUAUGUCGCACUGCAUGUGGUGCGGUUUCGUCCCCAGCCACGUGUGCAUGCAGGCGACACGAGAUGUAUGACUAAAAAAGGCUUUUUCCUGAUGAUGGACUUGUCCUAAAACUCAGAUGAAUUCAACAGAUGCUUCGGGGAUUACCUUUUUUCCUUUUUCUGCAUUUGAUUUUGCAUUUGAACUUGGCUUUGCUGCCUAGAUUUUCUGGGAUCUUGACACUGCUAUGAAUGAAAAGUCCUUUGCAGGUGUCCUGUCUGUGCCAUUUUUCAUAGUGGCGUCGUAGUACUCAACGCUUGUCCAUCGAGUUUUAUCAAUGAUAAUCUGAACUGUCGGCCUUCAUGAAAUGAGGGGUAUUUGUAAUUUUGAGGAUGACACAAGUCCCCUCUAUAAAUUACUGUAUUAUGUACUUCAUUGAGUUAGCUCAAGGUUCCCCCCUACCCUCAUUGAGAGCCGCAGGUUGUUUCGUUAACGAAAAUUUCCUUCGAUUUGGUUCCUCUCAGGCCCACAUAGUCUGAAUCAUUCGAACUUACGAUGCUUUGCCAAGGGUACAUCAGCUUUCAAACUCGAGGUAUUUGAACUUCUUUGUUGUCAUCAGUAAUCCCGACAAAGGUUUAUGAUGGUUCACCCGAAUGCCCAGGGGAGACUUCGAUUCCGGACUUUGGCGGAGUAGGCUACUAAUAUACAAGGCUUUAAAACGCAGUUGCGUCUCGAUAUGCACUGUUUGCUGGCUAGAUUGACCUUUUCAUGUGAAGCACCCUCUCCCUCAAUCCUAAUAACUCUUUCUUCCUCCCUCAGAGGACCCACAAACGUUCAACUCCUGCCCUCGUGACCAAGGUGCCUUCUGGUCAGAUCUAUUUUCCAGAGCUUUCCUGGAAUACGAUCAGUUUUCUACUUUCAAUUUUUCGUCCGACGAUGAUCUGCUCUUUUUUGUUAACCAAAAUGUUCGAAAAGAAGGCAAGGUUUGUGGUAUGCUGUUCUCUUUUUCAUACGUCUUUAUCUCCUAUGUGGUGCCAUCGUAGCGGCGCGUUUUCCAAGUCCCAGCAACCCGUAUUUCGAUGUCAUCUCACUCCUAAUAAAGCUGAUACCUUUUAAACGUUUGUAGGUAGAUUGUUGUUUUUAUAUUUGGCCGUGCUAUUAUCCUGCCUGCGAUUCGUUUUCUUUCUUUACUUAGAACAUGAGAGCUGGCCAUUUGCAUGAUAUUUAUGGGUAACCGUGUGUUCUUUGCCCCCAUUCUGGACCCAUUUGCCGCAUAACCACGAUUUUGAGGGAGCUAAAAUUAUUUUGUUGCCUAGAGUAUCUGUACUUAGUUAUUUCUCCUGCUCUUAAACGCGUCCUCCUAGUUUCCUCCACUUGGUGUAAUCAAGAGACCCAUUGCACAUUUUCAUGUACCGUACGUUACGAUGCCCUUAUGUCAUUUAUCCUAGCUGUCUAUUUUGUUAACGAAACCACAAAAAAGUUAAUCACAGCUCUAAUUUACUGGAUUCACCGGCCUUAGGAGGAAUUUCUCCCACCAAAACUGCUAUUUAAAAAUUUAGGAGGCUAAAUAAACGAGUAGGCAUUCCGAAUAAACCAGCACUUUACUUAUACUGAAAGCCUUUUAUUAAGUAGUUAGUUUUGUCUUAUAUUCAACCUCUUGCCCCCGCAUUCAGCCACAACUGCAGGUCUUCAGACGGGGUAGUCCUAAUCUGCCCGGACUGGCGGACCCCCGCAUACACUGGGAACACACCGUCUACCUCAACCUCAUUUUGCAAUGCGUAAGCUGCCCUGACGCCAUUUAUCCUCACAUCCCAAGGUGUAUUUUGUCCGAAAAGUAAUUUCACUUACAGUCUAACCAACUCUUCUGUGACGGUACAUCCUAAUUGAGCACAAAGCUGACGAGACGUGCCAGUGUAGAUUCCUUGUCAUUUAACAUAAUUUCCGAGAAUUUGCAUGAGCGCGCGAUUGUCUCAACACCAACUUCCCCCUCCCAUCCCCCCUAAAUCGGGGGAGGAGGGCGUUGCAACAGCACACUGGGAAGGGCGUCCUACCUGCUCGCAUACAAUGCUUACUGCCUGUGCCAAGGUUCCCUUAUUCACCAUCACCACGCUUAAGCUUUGAAUGAAGGCCAUUUUUUGCUCCAACCCUCUCCCUUGUUGUAUAUGUAUCCGACAGACCCCUGUCUCUGAGCCUUUCCGACCAUCUGUCGCUCUUCCACGACUGGUGAGUCGGACAAACCACCGAUCCGGGUUCGUCUUUCGGAAGCCUAUACGAAAUUGUAACGUUCUUCCUGCCACUGCGGUUGUAGCCGACCUUCGUUCGUUCGAACUGCAUAUUUAUCAUCAUUAGCGUAAAGUGUGCAAUAUGCAUCAGAGGAGAACGCCUGUUUGGUAAAAGCGAACUCACACUGCCUCCAAAGCGGCAUCAUUAUGUCAUAUCAGUGCGCUACUUUCCGCAUCAUAGUAGCAUUUAUUGUCGCAACUUUUUUGUUAAUUUUUAAGUGUCGUUCGCCUGCUCGAUCUUCCAACUAUACGGACAUACACUGCAUGGGCUAACUCAUGAAAUGUCAAUCGAAAUUCUGAAAUGCGUUUUCGUUUCGAGAAGAUUAACUAAGUAGGGUUGUAAAACUAGUCAGCCUGCAACAUAAUUCUAUAAUAUUUCAGUUACCGCAGGAUGCCGGCUUUCGAAUGAAUUUCCUUCCGGCUGCAUGCAAAAACUGCGCUCUGUAAAAAAUGACUACUUACAUAGCAUACAUUUUUGUCAUUGAUUUUCGAUGCCCUUAAAUAUUCAAUUAUAUUUCAUGGAAAACAUGAAUAAAAAAUAUUCAUUCUUUUACUCAUUCGGCAGAAAAUUACGUCUUCUCCCAAUUUUAUGCUUGAAGGAAGGGCAGCAUUCGGUUUUUAAAGACUUUUCCAAUUCCCGAAUAGUUUUGAACCCGCUUUACUGUCACAUUUGGAUUCAGGGUUUCCAAACUACAAGCUGUAUAUUUUCCGCGCGCGGAAAACCACACAUUUCGCUACGGCAUUUAGAAGUCCCACAAUCAGAAACUUUUUUGAAGACGAUUUAUGUCCCUUCUUCGAGUAUAAACUUGGAAGAAGACGUAAUUUUCUACUGAAUGGGCGAAGGAAUGAAUCUUUUCAAGCAUGUUUUCCAAGAAAUGUAAUUGGCCUUUAGGGGCAUCGAAAAUCAACGAGAAAAAUUCAUGCAACUUAAGUAGUCAAUUUUUACAGUGUAGUUUUUGCAUGCAGCCUGAAAGGAGUUCAUUCAAAAGCUGGCAUUCUGACGUAACUGAAACAUUACAUUUUGCGCUGACAUGUGUAGUUUUAAUGAAUCCAAAAUCAAUACUGUCGGCUCCCCGGUCAGCCAGCCUACUGGGCGCUUAUAGCGUAACGAUUUCAAAUGCCCGUGGCUUAGACGCCUCCAGUACCACGUUUCGUCCUCGGCAAACUUAUAAUGACCCGGUAGAAUCAUAUCAUGUAGCACCAGUUAAAUUCAGAAGAAAGCUUGAUCACGACUCCAAGGACGACGCCGGCCACUGUUUUCAUUCUGCCCGCUCAUGAGUCUGAUUUUAUCCCAUCUAUUUGUUUCUGCUCGCCACCGGCACAGUGGUGCCAGUGUGUACUGGGAUUGGGAACCGACUGGAUUUGGACCGACUGAUCUCUUACUGGACCGCUGGGUUGGGUGACAUCCUCGCCAAGGGCAACCGAUUAAUGAUGACGUUUCACGUUCGGAACCUCCGUCAGCCAAUGCCAUGGUACCCUGCAGAUAUACCAGUUGUAAGACGCCGGGAAUUAACACAGUCGGACUGUGCAUAUAGGGUCCGUUUUACAGCAGUAUAGUAGAAUGGUUUUAAGUGCAUCCUCGCAUAUUGUGAUCCCUGCCAUCUGACGAGUCAGGAGGUGGGACCUCGCGAUCUCUGGGAGCCGAGUGCGUGUAUUAAUUACUAAUUGUGCACGGCUCCCUCCGUUCGGCAUUACCUUGUCGGCAAAACAGAGAACCGCAGUAGACGAAACAGGCGAUCUGUUUGAGGUUCUUGCCACCGAGGAGAAAUGUAGCACUUCUUUCUAUUCAAACCUUUUGGGCUUUACUUUCGGGUUCGCAACCUCCAAUUUUGCUGGAAAAAUUCGGCACCGUGACUAUGUAGUCGAAAGCAGAUGACGUUUCACCGGUACUUUCAAGUGGGAACGCACCACCGAAGGUAAGGAAUUCUGCCCUAGUUGAACGCCGUCAUAACCAGGGAGUUUGUCCCAAGAAUCGCCUUCCCCUCAAAAAUGUGAAAAGUACUGGAAGAAGGCACGAAUUUGUCGAACCCCACUUCUGACCCAGUAGUAUUCCCUAACCUCACCUUGUGUCUAAGCUUUGGUUUUCAUACACUGCCAUCAUGCUUGGGUGGAAUUCAGAAUUCAGCCUCUAGCCAUUCCCAAAAGACGCUUGCACUACAUCGGUCGGACACAUGAUUGUGGAUCCCCCUCGUGCUAAAUUCCUAUUUAUGUGUCCGAACUUUGACCUUAACCCCAACAUUUGUCCUAAUCCUCCCAGCCCCAACUUUAGUCCGAAAAUCUAACGCUAACCCUCUUAAACCCAACCCUAACCAUUACCCGCCUCCUCCCCCCCGAAAUUUGGGGCAAGGCCACCUGUAGUAGUGGAGGAGGUCCAAACUCCCGUGCCCAGCCCACCCAAUCGAUCGAACUCUACGCGGAAGUUAACCGUGCCAUCAUCUGUCAAAAUUGCAUUGCUUGUUUAGGGUCGGUCAGCAGGUUAGUAUUUGACUGAGUGCCUGUUGUUGCAACGGCAGUGCUCUCGCACCAUUCUUCCGUCCACUGGACGGCCAGAAAUAAAAGUACCUCCAAUAUUAGUUUGCUCGAAACGAACUCGCUUCCAGCGACUGUCUUAAACCAAUGCAUCGGAUAUGUAUCCACAGUCAGACUCUCUGCCUUAUCCAUUCCCCCCGUCUUCUAAGAUAUCACUGAAUUCAGGGCAACAUUUCUGUUUUCUCUUACUGUGAUUCUUGCUGUAUUUUAGUUUGUUUACGUGCUUACUGUUGGGGUCUGCACCAGAUCCGGAGCCAAAGAGAUUGAAAUUCUUCGAAAAUGUUCACACGUAAGUGAGAUGCUUGACUUCGUCGCGCUCAUCUGCGACUUUUUUAUAUUCAGUUUUAUACUCUAAAAUAUUCUACAGGCAUUAAAGUUCCUCUGCACCUAUUAGGGAUUCGGUGCCGACUGACAUCUUCUUUUCUGUCCCGAUGUUGCGUUUUCUAAACAGCCCCUACCGUUCUUUGGCUGCUGCGUAAUAUUCCUGCCCUGUCAUCGGGGACUUCUAAGGCCAUGGGGGCGCUAGCUAAUUAAAGCGUUAAAGAAGUCUUAGGGGUUAUUCUUAGGGACUCCUUCGUUUAUUACAUCAACAUGGUUACGCACGAAGUGCAUAGUUCGUUUGUUGUGAGAAGGCGAUCGCCGGUUUACCAGAAGAGUCGCGUGAGGUGGGGGAGUCAAUCCGCGAGGUUUUAUUGUCCGCGAGCUCGAGUCUGGAAUUCGGACAUCAGACAGGCAGCAGGCAUCCACUUUGUACUGAUGGAGACUGCGCGCUGUCAGACCUUUAAUAUAAAAAUCCAGGAACUCUGGCAGAUCCAAGCACUCUAUACUUACUUGUACUUGAUGCGGCUGCAAUCAUACCCGAUCUAGCCGGUCUCGAUGAUGCCACGAACUGUACCUCUCCACGCGUGACGAUCCGCGGCAGCAGGUCUGGACAGCUCAACCCAUUCCCUUCUCCAGCGACGGAGACCGAAUACCGAAGGUCCAAUAACCACCCCCAUGUCUUGACGACUGUGUCGAGACAGGUUUUGAACUGACCCCCUCUUCGAUGCCUCCAGUGGGGCAACGGUGUUGGAUCGAGGGCAGUAACACUGAGCUCCUGGGGUGGACGACGAAGAACAUACCCGAAACACCUCAUCCGUCUUUCUUGGAUGGCCAGAGUUAUCCAUGCGAUGUUGUCGCAGCGAGCGCGGACCGUCUCAUCUGAGACGAAGUCGGUGAACUUCACUCAAAGGAUGGUCCUCAAGCAGUGGUGGUCAAAUACCUCCAGUUUUCGCUCGUCCUCCACGCGCAAAGCCCAGCACUCACAACCGUAGAGAAGGACAGACCGGACAGACGCACGGUACACGCGAAUCUUAGUGGCGAUGGAGAGGUCACGUAGGCAUUUCCGAAGGCUUGAGAAAACCCAGCGGUCAGCAAGCAUUCUAUACCGGGGGUCUGUUCUUGAUUGAGCACCUCAGAUCGCAUGUCGUUCGCCCGCAUCACUGAACCGGAAUUACGGAGCGCCUCGAUUCAUGUGGAGGCUAUAGGGUGCACCGUAAUGCUUGAAUUGUACACUUUCUCAUGUGGUUUCUUUGGAAUUGUGAGUACAGGCAGGUCACAAACAGUGGCUGCAAUUGUUCAAGCUCAAGAACCUAACUCCAAGGCAACAAUGACAAGCAAACUUACUUAAUGACAGUUCGCGUUCACCUCAUCGCAUUAACGUCGCCGGGCUUUAACGGUUUUCCAUAAGGCAUUCGGCGUGCCAGACUUCCGCUCUACGUGUCCUGGUAACCCUGCCACUGCUGGUCCGCGACUGAUAAUUCGUCAGGCUUGAUAGUCUGCAGCUAAUUUUCAGCCAAUUUUAGAUGUUGACCGUUCCACUGUCCGCCAUCCGCGAACUUGCCGGGUAGCCAGCACUUAGGCUAGUGGGCUCUUCCCGCCGGCACUGGCGACUCGGCGUUGGACGGGUUAUAUCCGGCCGGCCGACCAGCCAGUAGUUACGCCUAUGUGUGGUAGGACCGCCUUGUGGAUACUGCAACGCCGUGUUUUUGUUGAUCAUCCCUCCCUUCUGCCGACUGUGGAUUCAGGUACGAACUCUAAUAGUCCGAGUGAAGUAACCAUUCCAGCGAUUGACCUGACUUCUUCUGAAUAAUUAUCCAGAACCCAUUCCUUCGUAGUCUUUGGCACUACCGAUGGCGCCUUGCGAAAUGCUGUAAUCCAGGGCCCAAGAUUAUUUUGUCUUUCCGUCCGUGCUUUCACCUGAUGGGAAUCUAGUUCCACCUUCUCCUUUGCAGGUUGUUUAUGCGUCACCCAGCUCUCGUCAGAUGGAGUCAAAGGGAACUGAGGAAAGGAUUGUCUAUCCUCACGUGGUUUUCCACGUGGAUAACUUCGAAGAGGUGGGUUUCUUCUCGUCGCAGCGGUUUUCUCAGUGACAUUUAGGCCCAGAUGCCUAUGCUUUGCUGGGCAACGAUCGAAUAUGGGGGCCUUCACUUUUUAUUGCUAUAGCAUGCCUGCUUAUGCAACUUAGGUAGGCAUGCUAUGAUAGUGCUACGUUCCUGACUGGGUCUAAAAAUCUACGGUUAGGGUUAGGGUUAGGCCAAAGAUUAGGGUUUGGGUCAGAGCUAAGUUUGUCCGCUGCAUACCGUCUUACCCAGCCCGACCUUUAGCCAGUAACCUUACAUUACCUGUUUUCUGUCCCUAAGUCACAUAUUUCGAAUUGCGCGAUCUGUUCCGGUACGUCGUUGAGGUAAUAAAAGAACAUAUGGUAGAAGUUGAGAGGUUUCUCGAUCCCUUCUCUAGAUUCCGUUAAUUACCACGUGCAUCAUCCGUACUGCUAAAACAAUAUCAGCAACCUUGUCGUAUUACAUGAUCCCUGGGCCUUAUUUUCUCAGUAGGCUCACAUAUCCCAUCCUCGCCUUUUACUGUUUGCCAACCCGCCAUGGCUUACUCUUCUGUUUCUCUUCGCUUCAAGGUGUUUUCUGACUGCGUUCUCCGGGAUAGUGAAUGCCUUUGCAUGGAAGUUACCGCCUACAAUCGCCUCGGGGUCCUUCAAGGCGUCCUCUUCGAGGCCGUUAUCCGCUACUCCGCUCUAAAAACUGCCCACGACCUCCAGGUUUAUCGAUGUUCACUGUGCGUUGUGCGGUCGUCUAUUUUGUUCCCCCGUCAUUAUUGUUGUCCGCAUUUCCUAUAAGGCUGAGGGAAUUUUACUUCUCGGUGCCGUUGUCGUCGGAUUUUGUUGGGCCCCUUAUCUCCUAACCUUCCCCCCCCCCCACACACAGGACGGCGCUUUCUCGGUUUGUGAACCAACGCAUGGCCGCACGUGCCCUCUAUUUUGUCCAGUGUCCGGAUUGCAGACUGCACUUCUAUCCUGUUUUAGUUGUAUUUAAGGUGUUCUGUUUACUUAUCUGAACAGUGUCACUUCUCAUCUCUGCCUUUCACUUAUAGAUCAACAGUGAGCCUUUGACUCAUCGGCGUUCCGGUAGCAACAGUAAUUUGCAAGUGCUGGGACGUCGGCCGAGGCCGCCGGACAAAAUCCUCGACUCUUCGGGCAGUUCCCAACCGAGGACUUUCCUUCGCAUCUUAGCCGCCCGUUCCGAGGCUUUCGCUGAGGUAGCUGUCCACUUUGUUAGCGGCGCUGAGCCUCCGUCGCUGGGAUUUAGCGCGCGUCCAGGAAUCGCCAGACCGGUUACCGCGGUUGGGUCAACGACGAGGAACUCCCAUCCGCAUGUCGGAGCUGAAAAUGCGGUAAGUGGUUAGAAGUGUGGUUGUGUACUUACCUUACCAUUGUCUUUGUCGGUAACGCGUAUUGAUUGCUCCCUGUUUCGCGACCUUCCGUCAAGGCUCUAGCCCAUAGGUUCAAGGCAGGACAAAAUCGUCUGUAUCUCUUCCUUCAAUCGCAAUAUAUAUAUAGCAGGUAACCAAGCUCGGGAAAAUCUGGCUGAAAUGUUAAAAUCUCGUCUCAGUGAGAUAGAAUUACUUAAAUAAGGCUGGAAUUUUUUCUAGCAUACAGUGCAAUCCCAGGGUAUUUCAUAUACGCCAGGAAGUUGACACUUCAAUGAUCUUCUUUCCGACCACCCGAAAGCAUCCUCGCCAAAAGGGACAACUUAAGUACUAUGAUUUUUCCCUGCAAUUGUCUAUGCCUUUAUAAGUCUAGACAGCUAAACAUUCCUUUUGUAGCUACGCCUCAUGUCUUCGGGGUUUGACAACGUUCACUGAUUCCCGCUGCCUACUUAAUGUUGCGGGAGAUUAAAAUCAUACUGUCUGCUUUAAAAUCAACAUUAAUAAACGCGCGCGUACGGCGUCGCCCGAGUAGGUAUUUAAAGUUCUCGAAAUGUAUCCUAAUUGCGGUGUUUUUUUUUUUAAAGAAAACGUCAUUUCCUACAAAAAAGCGUAUUAGGAGAUGCUUUUGUACACUCUUUAAAAAUAUGUCUUAAAGCCAUUGAAAAGCACUGGAAACAAUGUAGGCUUCUUACGUAGCCAUGUUUUAGAGAGUGUGAUUUUUGCAGGUGGCCUGAAAUACGUGCAUUCAAAAAUCGGCUCACUGACGCGUGUUAACCACCUUAAGAUGCGUGUCGCAAACCGAUCAGUAUUGCAAUCCGACUUAGGGAAUUCUUUCUGACCAACUUCAUAUUUUGGAGUUUCAGGUAAUGCCUCAUUAGUCUGAUAACGCUACUCCCCCACAUGACUUUGAAGAUUCCCAAUCGCGGCCUCCAGUUCCUCAAGCGUGUGCAGGGGUUCCGCCCCUGCCACGCACUCCGCGCUUGAUCCUGCAGGAGCUUGGUUUUCCAAUAGAUGAAAUACGCACACCUUCAGCCCGAGGACAGUCAAUUACAGGUGUUCACAAACCCAAGAUUUACCCGAGCAGCUGAACAAGCUGGCACUAAUUGGCUGUCACGCGAGACGACGGUUCGGCCGUCGCGAAUGACGAUGUCCACUGUGUGCUACCACAGCAUGGUGGUCGCAGGGCGGUGACUUGCGCGUGAAUUUGUUUAUACUGGUGGUGGACUUGCACAGCAUCUGUCACACUCUCUUUUCUCACCCGCCCGGGCCCGGUGCCGAGACAGAGGAGGCGGACAUGAGCGUCGUGGCUGACAAAAUUAAACGGCCCAUCUAUACGUACCACAUACGACCUCAUACCCAACACAUGUACCAGAUUUUCACGAUAAGAGAUGGCUCUGAUCCUAUUUGUUUGGGAUUUCCGUGGAGGCCACAUUCGGAGGAAGCCACCGAGCCUGACUGUCCUUUCAAAUAGGGCCGAGUUACUCAGUCAGUUGGCAGCCCUCCAAGCCACGACUUUUAACGCCUCAUGGCUAGUCCCGAACGCAUCAGCUUUGUUACAGUGAGGAGUGCACGGAAGUGCCCUGGAAAUGGAUUUUCCAGAAUCGACCACUCUCCUUCUCUAUUUCCUCUUUCAUGCACCAGCCCCCUUUCCGGGUUUUUCAGCCGUCUGGUUUUGGUAUUGGGCGAAGUGGAUGGUGUGGCAGGAAGUCUACGCCUAGGCGGGGCACUACAACCCCCCCCCCUCCCCCCUUUGUGGGAUGCGCGAAUUCUGCGCAGCCCGACCAACUUUUGCCAUGCUCCAAUUUGGCCCUAUUUUGAUCCAGCGCAUCUGCAGGGCUCACUCGAGACACAGGCCCAGUCACCCGCGCCCCAUGGUCCUUGCGGAGAGGCGCGUGCACGGACUGGUCGGCCGCGCGUCAAGGGUUCUGACACCCGUACAGGAAGUACGCCUCCCGCCAGUGUGUUUUCCCCCUCUCCCAAAAAACUGGUCUGGGGCCUGAAGUUGUGGUCAGAGUAUAUCCCUCACCCAAGCCGAUAGGACCCGAGUCCCCCGGCUCACUGGUAGAGCGCCUGGCCUAAUGCCCAAGGACCAACCAGUGCGGUCGAACACCAACUCUUCCUGGCCUAGGAUUGGGAUCUGGUUGGCUGCCGUUAGCAGAUAAGCCGCAACCGGUCACCCCCCGACUUAGACUCUGGCCCUUCUUUCUCGCUUACUUUGUUGUUUCAUCUCCUCCCUGUGGAAUUUGCCCGCAUCAUGUGGUCAUCGCCUUUUGGGAGCUCGAGUGCCUCCUCCAUCAAGGUUUUUAAUUGCACUUUGCCCAUGCAUAGCCGUUACUGAGUUGGAGAUUUUCUAUAACUACGAAUAUAACCACGGGAAUAGUACAAGGAGACCUCGUCCGUAGAUAUGCCGUCUAGCAAGCGACUCUUUGUUUACCUCCGAGGCCUUCAUGUUGGCAUGCCGAAUAGGGAUCAGACCUCAUUGCAGGAUGCAAUAGCAACUCGUGGCCGCGCGGCGACGAACAAUCAGCGGCCUAAAAGCGUUACUGAAGGAGGCAAGUGAGGCCAGAAUGAUCAUUUAUGGCUUAUUUCCCGUCACCAACCAACCACUCCAAAAUCACAGGUUGACAGAACCCAGUCAGCUGACGACGGCAACUGGGCCAGAAUCCCCCAGUCUAGCCGUCAUCGGCUUUUUCGGCACUGUAGUGGUUAAGGAUGUAAGAUCAACUUAAACUACAUACAAUAAUUUUGCUCCGACUAGUAACAGAAGUCAGGAAGUUGUGAGGACAGGUUUAUUCUAUACACAGGGCAGGUCGCCGUAAGUUGGCUGCAUGCUUGUGACAGAGAUAAGCGUCCCUUCUGGAGAGCGUCAGUUGCGGUGCCUUCUGUGUGUCGCUACCACCAAAAAAGGUUGUUGCCACCCAUUGAUCUAAUGUGCGCACUUGUAACCGAUCAGCGAAAGAGGUUGCGUUGAUUGGCUUCGAGAGCGCGCGAGAGUAGUGGCAAACGAUCGACCGGACGUGUGGUGUGGACGGGAUUGCAGCGAGACAGAUCGAGGGUAAGCCUGCGCAGCCGUGGAGCGUAUACAGUCGGACGAGGGGGCAGAGAAAAGGCUGCUACAGUACCACCACCCCCCCCUCCCAGGCAUUUCAGCCUGCCAAAGCCACUUGCCGAUAUGUUUUAAGCUUUGUUGGUCUGAUUGCGUUUUCUAACGCACUGAAGAUUCUCAAUCAAGGCGAAUAUUUCUGGUCACAGGGAACAAAAUGUGGACCCAUUGCUGAGUUUUUCGAUUUUUCGCAUGUUGACAACUGUCUAGAGUUAGACUGUUGCAGACUGACUCGUGAGCUCCUUGUAGUGAACAGCGGAGCUAGACGGUGUGCUGGCAAAAGCCAGUAUACGAGUUCCGGUUUACAACAACUGUCCAGUAUUGGGUGAGUUGUUCGUCAAGUUUGCAUCCGGUCGCCUGCCCUGUUUCAUGCUUUUAUUGACUUAAUUUUUUGCGGAACUCCGCACGAUUUUGACUACGGUGGAUUUACACUAGAGCACCGCCUGGUUGAACUUGUUUACGUGCAUGAUAUCGUUCUGCAGCUACCAUGCUUAAUGAUGAACCGAAUGCAAUCUCUGGUGAACGAAGUCGCCAAGUCAAUUCGUUUGGCAGCAAGGGCUUCAAGAGCAAAGUAUUGUGGAGCUACGUCUCGUUCCAGGAGAAGGCACGCGUCGUGAUUACGGGCUUGCAGCUUCAAGACGUAGACAAUUUCAAAGUAUGCGGGUUGAGUAAUCGCCGAACUAAGAAUGAGGAGUACAUCAUUAGUCAAGCAAAUGUCACUCACGGGGAUUUGAUGGUGUUUACGCACCCGUCAUGAUAUCUCACUGUCCACCAACUCCCGCAUGUACCGGUUAUCCGUCUGGUCAGUCGUCGUUUAUGAUUGGGAAUGUUAGGCUAUCUGCAUGGGAAACCGGCAAUCGUCCCAGACCCGAUAGACAGCGUGUGUCAACUUUCUCCUGGCAGUGGUUAUUUGGGUCUCUUUACUUGGCCCCGAAGUGAUACGUCGAGUCUGUGGGCAAUGCCGACUUAGUGCGAUUUUACAACUUUCCUUGCGACUUCCGUGACACUUUUGACACACAAGAUCGUUAAUUGAACUCAUUUUCAUCGUCUUCCUGAACUGCCUAUACGCCUUGACUCAGCACAUUCUUUUCCGGAGACUAGGUUGUCAAGAAGUGCUGGCUGAGCAUCAUUUCUCUGGAGAUUUGUCUGUCCGAAACGAUGGACUCUUAGCUCUAAACUGUCUGCAAGCCCUAUGCAUAUAAUUAACUGUUAACGUACCUUCAUGUGGUUUUAAACUGCAUUGCAACCGAAGUUGUGUUAGUCGCAUAUUCGUGACAAAAGCUGAAAAACAUAAACAGGACAUAUGCUUCAGUUUUUUUCAGUUUCAGUUUAUUAAGGGGAAUAUAGGCGAGCGCCUUUGAACUCCUUAUUGGUUGCAAGUCGUCGGAGAAAACAAUUGAUAAGUGGGAAGGUGAAAAGGAAUGUUGUACAUACGCGCGGACAGCUGACAGCCAGUCGAAAAAGAUUAAUCAAUAACGGUUACUUACUAAUUACAAAUAGUAUAAGCACGUAUAAGUUGUGUCGGCUAUGUGAGUGGAUGUGAGGCUGGUAAUUGGGAAGCUUGAUAUGCGUCAAGUCUACACUUAAAGGAAUUUACACAGGAGGAGAUUCCAACAUCGGUAGGCAGGGCAUUCCACGCUGCAACCACUAUGUUACCGAAAAAGGACUUUCGUCCACUGCUCCUUGCUUUCCCUGCGCGUAGUUUUAGGGGAUGACCGCGCAAAGUGGGCGUGUUAGCUUGAGUGAAAUAAUCAGUGGGAUCCAAACAACAGUCCAUGCUGUUGAUAAUGUGAAAUGUUAGUAUAAGGUCACCACGUAAUUGCCUGUAGGAAAAGGGAAACAGGUUGAGGGUUGACAGUCUGACUUCAUACGGCAGUGCUCCCAAACCUUGUGUCAUUUUGGUCGCCCGUCUCUGGACCUUCUCCAAGACGGUAUAGUCCUUGGCAGUCCAAGGCCUUCACGCCUGUAUGGCGUAUCCUAGAUGAGGCCGCACGUAGGUGCCCAAUAUUUUGGAAAAACCUCCAGGGUCAAAUCUCUUAAAGGCUCGCCUAAGGAGUUGCAAUGUAGCCGUAGCAGAUUUAGCCGCCUUCGCGCAGUGCAGUGUUGCUUUGAAUGAAGAUGUAAUCCAUACUCCCAGGUUCUUCUGACUGUCAGCCUGUUGCAGUGGUAUGCUGUGUAGAAAGUAAGUCCUGGGGCUGGAGGCUCUGAGGCUGCCCAGUUGUGUUAUUACAAGUUUAUUCUACCUCACUGCACCGUUGAUUGUCUUAAGUCGGAAUCCGGGAAGACAGGGGUGAGAGGGUGGUCUGCAUUUUUGACGGAUAAAGAGGUCCACUGGCCCUGUCGCCGAUGUGGCAGCGCCUGGGACCAAACGAGCACGUCGGUUAUAUAUCGACAGUGACACCGACGCGUCACUCAGCGAGACAGCAUAGCAGCUGAUGGCAGGCGCCUGAGUGUGAAAAGGGGAUCAACAUCGAUGAACCUGGUUGAUAAGUUAGUAAUCGCCAAAGUCUGUCGGUCUGGUCGCGCACUUAUGUCGAUUUCUCCCAAAGAUGCGCACAAGGUGCCAAUGCGAGAUUCACUUUGACCCAUCUGUGAAGAACUCGGUGGGAUUCGAACCCACGACAGCAAGGGAGGGCUUUAGUACAGCCAACGCUCUAACCAUCUGAGCUAAGAGGCCCCACCGGACGAUGCGAUUUUAAUCUUAUUUGCGAGAUUCAACGCGAUUCUCUAGUUAAACAAGUAAGAAACCAACAGUCCGUCAUUAGUCAUCUCUAGCAGAGAAACCAGUAGUACUGACUUAUGUGGCCCUCUAAACAGGACUUGGGGAUAGGAACGCUCCGCCCAAGUAAUAAAGGUGGGCCGGCACAUAAUUCUGGAAAGGGGAAAAAUAUUCCCGUGUCCUGACCCCAACAAUAACCCUGGUAUAAAACUAAGCCGUCGUCCUAAUCUUGACCCUAACUGUACCCUAAACUUUCGCUCUGCAGUUAACACUAGCCCCUACUCUAAACUUGAUUCUGGCUUACCUUACUGUUAAUAUUAAUUCUAGCCUUAAACCUAAUCCUUCACCUAACCCUAGCCUUAAAUCUAACCCUAAUUUCACCGGAAAUGGGCUCAAAGCCGUCCUUAUUUCAGGCGGUCCCUAUUCCCAUGUCCUGUUUAGAGGGCUAUAUGAGUCAGCCCUCUCGAAAAAUCUGUCAAUGUACUUAAUUACACAGGACUCGAAAGCGAAGCAGCCUGUGAGGCACGUGGACAAUUUAUGAAGAACGUUGGGGAUAUUCAGAAAACUGUAAUGAAAAUGAAAGGGUCCUGUUGUUAAGAAAACCUCACUCACUGCUUCUCUACCGUGACUCCGUACAAGUGGGCCGGCUGCUUAGUUGGCCCAAAAGGUGUUUGCUCAUUGUUGUCGGAGUCGACUGUAUCAGUCAUUCAACCGUCUACGCAACACAUUCCGCUGAGAUUCUAACCAGAGACACUCCCGCUGGAAGCACCUUCAUUUCCUUGCGUUUUCUUGCACCUUUCUCCUCAGUCCCUGCACUCUCGGCGGUGGACUGCGGACUGCCAAAGUCAGUGCCCUCCACCACGACGUCCAACUGGCCGCACAGCCUCCGCCGAACCUGAUAAACAUCGCUCCUCCAGUGUAACCAACAGCCCCAUGCACAGCGUCCUCGAGGACAGGACAGAGGUACGAAAGAAGGCUCGAGUCUUCCUCUCUCGAUCUACCUCCCCGGAGCAGUCACCAGAGCGCCUUCGGGACAACAAAGACAAUGCAGUCGUAGCACCCACCUCGCGCGUAGGCAAACUUAUUUCUGGUCUGGCUGGGUUUACUACCUCGCCAAGCCGAAGGGCACGAUCCUACACCACCAGACCGAGGGGACGAGGAGGAGGGGGCGGUUUGUCCCAGUUGGGUCGAAAAACACGCUCGGCUGGUGGAGAACUGGACCAUCUGUCUGAGCGCUUUGGGUGUGUCACCAAGACGUGUAGGGACGUGGAGGCGACUACGUUCGAGGACGGUGAGUUCCUCAGAUAUCUGAAAUCCCCAUUUUUAAACGCUUGUUAAUGCCUGAUUGGCCAGUACCGGUGUUGUUUUACUAGUGAAGAAGGCCAUUUCUUUGCCUUCAGUUGGGACUGACGUUUUUACCAAUUCAUCGGACGUCAUAUAUAGUGCAUGACCGAUCUCAUGAAAUGUUAGCCAAAAUUCUGGAAUCCGUCUCCGACUAGAGAGGAUUACGUAAGUGGGGUCUUUAUACUGACUAUCAUGCAGCAUAACCCUCUAACAUUUCGGCCUCGCCAGGAUGUCGGCUUUUGAAUGGACUUCUUUUUGACCUCCUGCGGAAACCACACUCGGUAAAAAAAUAACUACUUAAGUAGCAUGCAUUUGUCCUAUUUAUUUUCGGUGGUCUUAUAAAUUCAAGUACAUUUUACAGAAAACAUGCACAAAAUAUGCUUUCUUUUGCUCAUUUGGUAGGAAAUCACACUGUCUUCAUAUUUUAUACCCGAAGAAAGUGUGUAUUCAGGUUUUAAAACAGUUUCCAAUUAUGAGAUUUUUAAGACCGUGUCAUAUUAAUGCAUGCAAGACCGCACACGUCCGUUUACUUAUUCUCCUCAUGAAAUGUACAACACAGUCCAGAUCCAUUGCAAAAUUUCACGAACUCUAUGUAAUAUCUUCUUAAAGACAUAGAGGGAUAUAUGAUUUUCCUUACGCGGAAAGCAUGCACCUAAUUGCUAAAUAGAUCAGACUGAAAAUUAUUUAGGAAUCGGGAAACUUUUUCAAAACCUAAACACACACUUUCUUCGGGCAUAAAAUCUGAAGAUAAUGUGAUUUCCUACCAAAUGGGCAAAAGAAAGCCUAUUUUGUGCCUGUCUUCUGUAAAAUAUGUUUGAAUUUAUAAGACGACCGAAAAUUAAUAGGACAAGUGCAUGCUACUUAAGUAGUCAUGUUUCACCGAAUUUGGUUUCUACAGAAGGUCAAAAAGAAGUACAUUCAAAAGCCGACAUCCUGGCGAGGCCGAAAUGUUAGAGGGUUAUGCUGCAUUAUAAUCAGUAUAACAACCUCACUUAAGUAAUCCUUCCCAAUCGGAAACGCCUUCCAGAAUUUUGACUAACAUUUCGUGAAAUCGGUCACGCACCGUAACUGAGUAGCCGUAAACGAUGGACCCUGCGGUUCGCGAACGAGACGCCUGGCGGUAAUGGCUGAAGUAGACUGCCUCAUGAAGUUACACUUUCUUCCUGCAUACAUGGGAAUGAGUGCUGAUGCCCGACGAAGAAGACUAUUUUUCGCUGAUGAUACCAACUGACCAAUAAUUCUCCGACUCCAAAACUCGAAACACAAAUGGAGUGUUAUUUAAGUCAGAAGGCAACUGGAUGAACCGAUUAUAAGUGCCCUCCAAAAGGUGGCUGCUUCAACUAGUUCUUUUCUUGCUGGUAAUCCAAGACGCGCACUGUCCCUUGAAACAUACAGUACGGAACCUAGCACAUAAAAUAUGCCUAGAUUUGCGGAAAAUCCCUAAUUUCCUGGCAACCGUCCCUAGUAUAUCGACUAAAAAUCUCGACUAAUAAUACGCAACUUUAAGUAGAGUGAAAACACAAAAGAUACACUAAAGGUAAAUUGCGUUGUUCAGAAAUAACAACUUUUUAGAAAGGCGGAAAUGCCGGAAGCGCCCAAGAUUGCGUCAAAUGAGUAAGCGUACGUUUUAGAAGUGCAUUAGGCCAAUUUAUUAAAAUAGCUGAGUAAAUAAAACAGCAGAAGUAGCGUGACGUUUAAAAAUAGUUCUUAGGCACUUAAAUAUCUUUCCAGUAUGACCGUUAGUCAACAGCCUGCAGUCUAAGUAUAGAUUCCUAAAGGGUUUCAAAAGAAUUGGCUGUACUUUUUUCGUUUGUGUAUUGUUUUUAAGAUGGGUUUGACUAAGACAAACAGGAAUUCGCUUGAUUUCCCCGAUAGGGGCGUUACAGGAAUAAAAGUUUUCAUGAGGGUGCAUGGUUACAGACCGGUCGGUAACUAAUAAGUUUAGAUAUAAUUAGCACAUAUAAUCAUAAGCAUACCCCUUUGUGUGUAUCAAGAGGACUUGUCUUCUGUAAAAUUUCCAUGUCUUCCUUAGUGACGGUGGAGCCCAUCGAGUUCAAGAGUGUCCUUAAAAUGUUGGUAAAUACUUCACAGUCUUAAAUGUUCUCAAUUGCCUGCCCAUAAGGAUAGGUUCUGUGCUGUGUUUAUAAAGGCCUUGUAACUGCGAUAUUUAGGAAAAGUGUUUACCGAAGUAGUGACUUCUGGAGCAUUCGCCUUUAUCCAGAUGGCCAUUUGGGUCAUAUUUUAGACUCAUCCAAACAUGAAACCUAAUCGUCGAGGAAGGUGAGCGUUCACGACGAAAGCCGAUGAUGAAUUAAGUAAUUUUCUUCCAUAAGUUACCUCUUUAAAAAGCGCUUCAGUUAAGCAUAUCGCUGCUGGAUGUCCACGCACCUUCAAGGUUAAUUCAGGCAAAAUACCAGAACCUUUGGUUAUGAUCUAAUGAUAUUCGCAAAGGUUUUGCUGCUGAUGUCGACCUCAGUAGUUGUCACAUCUUAAUUGAUUCUUUUCUGUCGGUGGAGGAAUGCUAAAAUUUCAAUUUUCUAUCAGUUUCUCAGUCGUUUUGUGAGCCGCACUUGAUUACUUUUCUUUAUCCUCCAUGAGCCGUGUUAUGCCUCCCCAUAUACGCUGUCCAAGUGCCAGCGAUAGAAAACAACAGAUCCGAAUGGGGACGCACGACGAUGGAGUGACAGAGGGUCUUGAAAGUUGGGUAUGAGGGUCUCGUACGCGCUCCUAAGAGCGUUGGCACCAAAGGUGGGGCUGUGGCCUCCGAUCUGGUCCACGAGCCAGAAUAUCUCUCUGAUAUCACGAUAAUCUAAACUGUUUUCCAUCGAGGCGCUAAAUUUGGACCAGCAUGCCUUUCUGCCCUUCCGCACGAAGUCAGUGGUAAUUUGAGGAAGCCGUCGACAUUGGCUGUCAUCACGUAGUCCGACCUUGACUUUGGCGUCCUAUGGCCAUUACACCCGGUCUGUCCAUCAGGCGAUCCGCGAAGGAAACCGAAUGCUUUCUUAACACUGGUGUGUCUAAAGUGUCACCACAGAAGCAAACCGCUGCACAACCCGCAGACAGCAAUAUGCACUUCUUGGUUCACCGCCAAAUAGGCAGUCUUGAUGGCUUCCAUUCGCUGGUUGCCAUAAGACCGACUUUUACUCGUUGGCUGUUGGCUGAACACAGUAGGGGGGGGGGGAGGUGAAUAACAAAAUGCGCCAUCCCGCUACGCCUAACAGUUGGACAGAAGUGUUAUGGCCUUUCUCAUUGCCCGCCUGAAAACCUUUCGGUGGCGGGAUCCAGUCGUGGCAGCCUAGCAGCGUUCCUAUGUGACCAGACCUUUGGGCAGUGUUUGCUUAUCUCUGUCGGUCUUGAGUUUCUUCGCCGGUAGAAGUUCGAACCUCUCAGACCCCACGUCAGACGCACAGUGUUCUACAGCACGGGCGAACUCCGCGCAACAGUCGUCAACAAAAAAGACCGACUAAAUGCCCCGGUGGUAAUGAAUUGUAAGAACCUAGCCAUUAAAUCCACGUCUUACCGAUCUACGUUGUCUCCGUAGCUGCGUUGGAGCUACUGCCGCGCAAGGAGGUCAAUGCCGCUUUUUAACCGCCUUGCGCAAUGAGCCCCUCGAUUCGUCCUGCAACAUCCAUCCUCCUUUUCAAGAACGAUGGCCUCCUCAUCCAACUUUUUUGCUUAAUAGAACAUCUUUCUAAGAGCAUCUGGUGGCAAACAGACGUGUGCCUCUCGACUCCGGCAGACAAACUAUUCCACGGUUGAGAAAAACUACCUACGUGCAUUCAGCCAUCCGCGGGGGGUAGGUGUAGUCUGAAGGGGUGCCUACGUAGGUUUGCUACAGUGGCGGGUUGAGAGAAGUCGCCACGCACUGGGGGCCACAGCCAAACCCACGCACGGCACAAGAGGCUUAUGUCAAGUCUCAACGCGGUUGCCAAUGAUUCAGGGUAAAGUGCUCCAGGUCAUUUUGAUCAAUUGCAUGUGACAGUGUUCUUCGAACAUUUUUAUAGUCCGCCUCUAGAGUCCUUUGAGUAGGCUAAAAGCUGACCACAUCCAUGGUCUCCAAGCCUGGAUUCCACAUCCAGUGUAUGCUCUUACGAGUACACCAAAGACUGGCAACACAACCCCUCAAAGAGUUUAAGGGACCGUCUUAAUCGGGGGGAUAAUUGGAAUUUCGAUUUUUCCCGCCUCACAGCAGCGCAUUCAUGGCAUGAAUGUGUUCUCGCCUUUUAAUUUCCUCAGAAAUUAUCUACGAAGUGGGAGUAGAUCAGUUUAUUCAAGGUCUAUAGACACAGACCGAGGAUUUUAUACAUGAAUAUUUGGGUCAAAGUCCAUCAGCCACAGCAGGUAACCGCGUAAUAUUCUGUAACCGCUGACAGGCAGCCAGUAGUAUAUUUUAGGGCAAGAGGAUACCAUACCAGCAGCACAGGCACUAGCCAAAAGCACAUACACGCGUGUUUCGCCGAUAUUCUGUCGCUGCAUGACACAGCUGCGAGCAUUCCCUGUCUGCUUUCUGGUAGAUACUGCGAUUUUUAGAAAUUGUAGGUUUUUAAUUUCCUCAGAAAUUAUCUACGAAGUUGGAGUAGAUCAGUUUUUUCAAGGUCUAUAAGCACAGACCGAGAAUUUUAUACAUCGCAGCUGCGCCAUGCAGCGGCAAAACAUCGGCUAAACACGCGUGUAUGGGCUUUUGGCCAGUACCUGUGCUGUUAGUAUGGUAUCACCUUACCCUAAAUGAAUGCGUUCCCCAUCAACAGGCCAAUGUUACUCUAGGUUUGUGUGCGUUGAAGAGGCAUCCCUUUCCGAUAAUACGUGCGUCCGCUGUGGUCUUGGAUGUGAUUAUCAAACUGCUUGCAUUGAAUAACAGGAAUAUUCUCUUACUCGGCAGCACAGUAACUGACUUUUAAAAGUAACUGUCAUCCGCCGAUAUGACAGCACUGCGGUUGAAUUUUCGUACACACCCAUUGCCAAGCAUGAAUAAGAGCAUCAGCAGUAGUAGUGAAAAUGCAAUUCCCAGGGGGCAUAUCAAAAGAAAAGGAGGCGUUCACCGGGAGACGUGUAUUGGGGGUCUGAUCUUUCGAGUAGUUGUUUCGUCUACCCAUCUUCAGAGACUAGGAAGUCAUACCCACAGCUCUCCUUAUAUUCUUGGAUGUUCUCGUCUGCCGCCGACCAGACGGUAAACUGGCGAACACACUGUAAAUGUUCAAUUACGACAGCAACCACCCACUGCAACACAAACGAAGCUGUGGACGCACUCUAUACCGACGGGUGGAAACUCAUUGCAGCACGCCAGCCGCCAAACUGGACGAGAUGAAGCUCCUGCAAGAACUCUUCAGAGCCAACAGUUGUCCGCGAGCAUUCGUUGAAUGGAGCCGAAGACAACCAAGGAAGCGGAAUGAAGAACAUCGUCAGCCAAAAUCGUGGCGGGGCAUUCCGUGCAUUAAAGGGGUCUUAAAAGUCGUGGCUAGAUUCCUCGCGCCGCUCGGAAUAGGCGUUGCCCACGGGCCCGACUCAACAGUCCGCCGGCAAGUGAUGCGGCCAAAAGACCCGAUCUCUAAGCAGGAGAUGUCUGCCGUUGUCUACCGACUUCAGUGCAGCUGCGGGAAGUGCAACUACGUUGGGGAAACCGGCCGACGGCUACAAACGCGAAUGCACGAGCAUAAGUUGGCCGUGCGAAGGUUGGAACCAAAGUCGGAGGUAGCAACCCAUGCCGCGCAUGUGGGACACAUCCUCAACUUUGAGGCCGACGAGAUGGUGGGCCGGGACGAUGAUCAUACGUAAUGGCAAGUGCAAGAAGCCUAGAUGUCCACCGACUGCUCUGUCAACCGCCACAUCAAUUUGCCUCCCCCUAUCUGACUUUGAGAACCUUCUUAACAGGGGACAGACACGGCGCAAAACAGUCAGGACCGUCAACUAUCUCCGCGGCUGAUGAGGGCGGUAUCGAUUCAGGUCACGGUGACAUGCGGGUCGGAUACAGCCACACAGGCGCCAUUGGCGGGCCACGCAUCAAGCACAGUGCAUCAUAAAAGAAGAGUUGUGCGCAUGACUUCCCAGUCUCCGAAGAUGGGUAGUCGAAACGACUACCCGAAACUUCAGAACUCUAAUACAUCCCUCCCGAUGAACGCCUCCUUUUGAUAAGUAGGAACGCUAGUCUCAGAACUGAAACCUGUGAAAUGUCACCUUCUGUUUUGCCGACCCCAAUUUCGAACUUGCCUACACUAGGCGUCUGCUUGCAGUUCACAGCGCCAGUUUUACAGGAUGCGACUUGCCAACUUAACCUGUCUGACAGUCUGCAAUUCUGACCUCUAGAAUUCGAUGAUAUGCCCACCGACACAGACCAGAUCGCCUCUAGAAGCGAAAGCUUUGGACAGGCCUGGCAGUGGUUCAAGGAGCGUCGGCGCAUCACCUCCAUCGAACUGAAUGCCGCUGUAACCUACGUCAGUCUGCCUUGGAGCCUAAUUAUUUCAAGUAAGUCUUUUUGUAGUCCUCUCAGGGUCAUCAUUUCUCUUCCGAUUUUCGCCUGCGCCUGGCUGUAAAGGUCUUCGAAUCACUUCUCUUACGAUCUAUGCGUUUGCAGUGAGCAUAUUGUCAAAGGAAGUUACUGAUCCCCCCCCCCCCCAUCCUCUUAACUGCAAGAAACCUCCACUUGGUCGGGCAUGUCGUAGGUUCAGUGUCUUUCCGACACCUUUAUUUUAGCUAUCAGCUGGUAGUGGGAGGGAAAAAAUAAUGUGCGAAUUUCGAAUGUGUUGACAUUUUUUCCCAGCACGGUAACUAUCGCGAGAGGGCACUCAAAUAUCCGUUGCCUAGAAAUAAUGCCUACUAUAUAUAUUUGAGUAGGUUACAUCCCUACAUGUUUGUCGUUUCGUCCGACCUCCGUUGCCUGAGGUAUGCGAACAGGAGGUCCGGACUAGCAAGAGGGUCAUUAGUCAAAAGCAAAAUGUUCUUGCUUACCGGUAUUCUCUGAUAUCACCGGCUGGAAGAAAACGAGGAGAUAAUGAGGAAGUUAUAAAGAGAGAUGCUACCCAUCCUCUUCAUGGAUGAGGAAUAUUUACUUUUUUAACAGGUGACAGGCACACCACUGAGUGCAGUGUAUGGAAUGUGCUCAAAGGUGUCAAAAACAUCAACGAAAUUAAACACGCAUCCCGACUAGUGACAGUUGGUUCCGUAGCCUGUUUUCUAACAGUGGCCAAGGGUACCUGCAACAGAUGCUGUGGUCUCAUGUCGACUUUUGUGUCGAGCGGAAUUUCCUGGACCGGUCGAAAAUGACGUUUAUGCAGACUCCUUACCCAUCAUCACACAGCAAGGCUAAUGUUUAAAGUAUUCAUCAAGUUAUUUUGACUGUCAGCCAGGUGGAGGAAGAUGUAGCUUCACAAUUCCCUGUGUCUGACCUCUCAGAACUACCAAAUUUGGACUUACAGUGCAUGACCGAUCUCAUGAAACGUUAGCCGAAAUUCUGAGAUGCUUUUUCGACUGGGAAGGAUUACUUAGGUGGGGUUGUAGUAUUGAUUAUCGUGGGGUAUAAUCCUAUGAUGUUCGAGACUAGCCAUGAUGUUGGCUUUCAAGUGUGUUUCUUUGCGACCUCCUGUGCGCCGAGAGCGUCUCUUGUAUGGAAGAUUUGUAUCGGGGGACGCGUCUUAAAAGGAUUUUCUUUUUACCACACUUCCACCAAUUCAUCUUUGCUAUAACUGCUUACAGGGCACUCAUCAAAGAAGGUCAAACAACACUGCGGUCAGGUCGUGCGCAAUCACAGUUGUGCGAGCAGUCAGCUCUUUUCUGCCGCGUCUUUUGCGCUGACUGUCUCCGGAAUUACGCAUCAACCAGAAGCCAGGUUGCGCGAACACAAAAUGGAGGUUUGGUGGAGGGCCCUUAUCUCGUGUGGUUGUUCACAUUUCAAGACACCAUACCUCCUACACGGCUGUCAUGUCGAUCCUCCAAGGAGCCGGGCGCAAGAAAAAGUGAUCUAGUCGAGGAUUGAUCAGCGGUGUCGAACUCCACUCCUACUGUCAGGCCCUCUGCGGACUGGCAAUCGCCACCAAGGUCGCUGUAAUCAGUUGCAGAGACUCAGGGCAGGGCUGAUUAGCCGGUUACCUCACUUUACUGCUCGUUAUGGUGCUUUCCGUAUAUCCCUGACGAUGGACUCGAUGACUAGUCAGGAUUGGACACUGGAAUAAGACAACAGAUUGCUUUGUUUAAAUGAGAGGAGGGGACCUGUUCCCGUGCCCUAAUCGAAACCAUCACAACCCUGGAAUGUAGCGCAGGGCCACCGGUAGUACGGAGGUUAAUAUUUCCGUCCUCCACCCCAGUCAGAAACAGCACAGUAAUAAACUAUUCACUUCAGUUCUCGCGGCUCCCUAAUUUCCUUUUAACUAUUGGAAAGAUCCAAUCCUUAAGAUGAAGCAGGUAUUCUUCUCGCACAGCGUACUGCUUCUCCUGAACGUGCGUCGAUAAAAAACCAAGGUGGUUAUUUUGGUCCCUGUGUCACCGCUAAGCAACCGAACUGUGAGGAAGCCGCCGUGACAGCCUGAAAUGCAGUGGCCGUUUACUUGAACUACAACAUUUUAGCCAUCGGGUUCCGGUGUGAACAGCGUUUGGCAAUAAUAUAAGUUACCAACAGAGGCACAGACUUUUCACUGUUUUAUCUCUCUUCCUAUUCAAAAACUUGUAGCACAUACACUUUAAACAGAAAUAGAUAGAAGGUAAAAUGUCUCGCAAAGGAGAAGCUUCACACAAACCGAAGAUACGCGCGAUAAUCGACGUACUCACCCCAAGCCUCGGUCGCGCGAUCAAGCCCGAAGCGGAGUAUUUGCUCCUGGUGUAAAGUAGCGACAUGUUCUCGGCCAUAGAGGCAGAGGGAUUACGGGUCUCGAGAGUCAGGCUGUAGAAUUUAGAAACCUUACCCUGAAUAUUCAGUGGGUGACCGAUAUCAUGAAAUGUUAGCCGAAAUUCUAAGAUGGCUUUUCGACUGGGAAGGAUUACUUCGGUGGGGUUGUAGUAUGGAUUAUCGUGGAGCAUAAUCCUAUAAUGUUUGAGACUGACCAUGAUGUUGGCCCUCAAGUGCACUCGAUAAAAAUGACCGUCUAAGCAUUAUGCAUCUUCAACAUUGGGUGUCUUGAAAUGCGAACAACCACACGAGAUAAGGGCCCUCCACCAAACCUCCAUUUUGUGUUCGCGCAACCUGGCUUCUGGUUGAUGCGUAAUUCCGGAGACAGUCAGCGCAAAAGACGCGGCAGAAAAGAGCUGACUGCUCGCACAACUGUGAUUUCGCACGACCUGACCGCAGUGUUGUUUGACCUUCUUUGAUGAGUGCCCUGUAAGCAGUUAUAGCACAGAUGAGUUGGAGGAAGUGUGGUAAGUAGACAAUCGUUUCAAAACGCGCCCCCUACAUACAAGACACGCUCACGCCGCGCAGGCGUUUUACCCACUCGUGUCGGCAUCUGAGACUAACUUGUGGCCUUAGUUCUUCCCUUUGAGAAAGUAAUGUUUUAUAAUGGCUUUUUCUAAUUACCUCCUCGCUUUAGGCAUCUUCGACUCGAAAAGAGUGCCAGUUCUCACGUCGCACUUCAUUGGGACCCAGAAGGAGCCUGCCUGA